AUGGAUGAUGAUCUAUGGGUUCACGCGAAACCAAUUAGCAAUGAGUACUAUAAUGAAACCAACGAUCACGAGAGCACAAAUGUUUAUUCUAAUGUUAAUUCAGACGGACACUCGAAGCAAUUUCAACGUAAUACUUUCACCAAAAGAACACAAAAUAACAGAAAGACACAAAAUUAUGGGAGGGAAAACAAUUUACGUCAAUAUUAUCAGCCACAACAUAUUGAGUUUCAUCUUGCAAGCAUUAGCAUCAAUGAAUAUCAGGAAACUAUUGAUACUGUUAAUGAUUACAAAUUGAGAUUUCGAUAUAAAUAUCUUGAAGAAGGAAUUUCUAUUUUUUUAAACGAAAAUAAAGCAAAGAUCUAUAUUCCCAUUGAUGCUUUGGAUGCCAUCUCUAAGGUGCAACAUAAUCUUAUAGUAUUAACAUUGAAAAAGGACUGCUCCAAUUUGAUUUCAUAUGCUUCAAAGGAUGGCUUCGUUGAUGAUGAUCCUAUACGUGAAAAUUUGAGUAGAACGUCAUCUAUUAGCAUGAUUGCUCAAGAAAAAACACCGCAACAAGCUAUAGACAUGGCUGGAUUACACAUACAUUAUCUUGUGAAUAGGAAUAAUAAAUUCAAGGCCAAUAAAACUCAUAAUGCCAAUUGGGGUCGUAUUACUAGCUUACACUUGACUCAGGGUGAAGAUUUUUUAAUUAAGUGCCAUGUAGAUGAUGAUAUCCGUAUUCUACGCUUCAAAUCUCAUUCUCAAUUCGAAGAUAUUAGGCAUACUAUCAUUGAUGCUUUUAAUGUUCGUAAUAUAACAAAAUUUUAUUAUAAGGAUGAAGAUGGUGAAUAUAUUACCAUAGUUAACACUACCGAUUUCGAUACUGCUUCGAAAUUGUAUAAAAAAGACAACAAACUGGAAAUUUGGUGUAUGACUGGAUGA